UAGUGGAGAGCGAGGGCACAGCGCAGCAAUCACUGCAGGGCGGGCGUCGCGAGGUGGCCUGUCUGAGGCUGCGCGCCGUGAGGCGUUCCCACGGUCCUGCAGCAGAUUCCUGCAGUCGAACGCCAGGGCACAGGAUGAUUUGGGAAGUAGCCGUGCUGCUCAGCCUGGUCCUGGGAAUUGGUGCUGUUCCCGUGGAUGAUCCUGAGGAUGGAGGCAAACACUGGGUGGUGAUUGUCGCGGGUUCGAAUGGCUGGUAUAACUACAGGCACCAGGCAGAUGCGUGCCAUGCCUACCAGAUCGUUCACCGCAACGGGAUUCCCGACGAGCAGAUCGUCGUGAUGAUGUAUGAUGACAUCGCCAACUCUGAAGACAAUCCCACCCCAGGAAUCGUGAUCAACAGGCCCAACGGCUCGGACGUGUACAAGGGGGUUCUGAAGGACUACACCGGCGAGGAUGUCACCCCACAGAAUUUCCUGGCGGUGUUGAGAGGCGAUGCGGAAGCAGUGAAGGGCAAAGGGUCUGGAAAGGUCUUGAAGAGCGGCCCCCGGGACCACGUGUUCGUUUACUUCACUGAUCACGGAGCCACUGGGAUACUGGUGUUUCCUAACGAGGAUCUUCAUGUGAAGGACCUGAACGAGACCAUCCACUACAUGUACAAGCACAGGAUGUACCAGAAGAUGGUGUUUUACAUUGAAGCCUGUGAGUCUGGGUCCAUGAUGAACCACCUGCCCCCCAACAUCGACGUUUAUGCCACGACCGCCGCCAACCCGAGGGAGUCAUCUUACGCCUGUUACUAUGACGAAGCGAGGGCCACGUACCUGGGAGACUGGUACAGCGUCAACUGGAUGGAAGACUCAGACUCGGAGGACCUGACCAAAGAGACGCUCCACAAGCAGUACCAGCUGGUGAAAUCCCACACCAACACCAGCCACGUCAUGCAGUAUGGAAACAAGUCCAUCUCUGCCAUGAAGUUGGUGCAGUUUCAGGGUCUGAAACACAAAGCCAGCUCUCCCAUCUCCCUGCCCCCAGUCCAGCACCUCGACCUCACUCCAAGCCCCGAGGUGCCGCUCACCAUCAUGAAAAGGAAACUGAUGCGCACCAACGAUCUGCAGGAGUCCAGGCGUCUUGUCGCGGAGAUCGACAGGCACCUGCAGGCCAGGAACAUCAUCGAGAAGUCCGUGCGCAAAAUCGUCUCCUUGACCGUGGGGUCCGACGCUGAGGUGGACAGGCUCCUGUCCCAGAGAGACCUGCUCACGGCGCACGAGUGCUACCAGGAGGCCGUGUUGCACUUCCGCACACACUGUUUCAACUGGCACUCCCCCACGUAUGAAUAUGCUCUGAGACAUUUGUACGUGCUGGCCAACCUUUGUGAAAACUCGUAUCCGAUUACCAGCAUAAAAUUGUCCAUGGACAAGGUGUGCCUUGGUUACUACUGACACCGCGCCCCCUCCUGACACUUUUCCAAAUGUGAACGCCGCCGUCCCUUAGAAUGUGUGCCGAUCGGAGACCGAAGACGUGGAGCCAGAGGGCAGCUCGCCUGGCGCCUGCAGGCGCUCCUGGGGAUGCGGUCAGGCCUCUCCGGAGCCCGGCUGUCUUUUCCGACCUCCGCAGCUCUUACAGGUCGCCUGCGAUCCUCUGGAAAACCCAGAUCUGAGCAGCAAAGUUCUGUGCUGAGCUUGGUUCAUUUGCUUUUGAAGAGGGUUUUUUGCCCAAACCUUGUAAGGAGUGAGAAGUUCACUGGGGCUUCUGGAGCCAGUGAGAGUCUUUGUUCUGUGGAAUUUGAAGCCAGAACCUCUUAAAUCUUCACAGUGAUUUUAUUGAAGAGGAGCAUAAACCCCCAAAUGCAAAACUAUUUUUAGAAAAUAGUAUCAUUUUUGAUUGCUUUUGUAUUUUAUUUUGCAAUAACGGACACAUCUAAAAAAUAAAGAUUUAUAACUGAGUAUUAA